GAGUCAAACUAGAAAAGGCCACGUCGGCCGUCGCGGCAUUGGGGAGGCAGCUGCCGGGUCAGUUCCUUCUUGCGAAGACGAGUAGACAACUUUCUUCAUCCAGAGGCAAGAUUAAAGUUUUUCGAUCCCCAGCCCCAGAGCAAGAGCCGGCUAUAAGUUGCGCUCCGAUCGAUCCCCAGCAAAAUCAAAGCUUUUCGAUCGAUAGGUACCCAUUUGAGCUGAUUGGCUGCGUGUGUAUCCAUCAGUUCUGCGUUCUUGUAGAUUACUGUUGCAUUGUUCAUCAGGGAUGGCCGAUCCGGUAGCCAGCGUGGAGACGAUCGUGAGGAUCGCCCUGGCGAUCAGCGAGGCCGUCGGCACGGCGCAGAGGAACAUCGACCAGUGCAAGGACGUCCAGACGCAGGUGAGCAUAGCCAGGGACAGCCUGAUGGUCCUGCAGAGGAAGGGGUUGGCGGACAAGGGCUCCGCGGUGGGCCGUGCGCUGGGCAACCUGAAGAAGACGCUCCGGCGCGCGCUCGAGCUCGUCAGGGCCUGCCAGGAGGACCAGGGCUUCGUGCAGCGCGUCCUCAGGGCGGAGGACCUGUCCAGCCAGCUGCGCCAGGUCAAGCAGGACAUCCUGCAGGAGCUGUCCAUGGCGACCUUCGCUAUCAAUGCCCACAUGGCGCCCGACACUCAUCACCACCAUGGCCAGCGGCAGCUUGAUCAGCAUCGGAGGCAUGAGACGCCAGCACACCAGAAGCAUGGCGCGCAUGGACAUGGUCAGGGCAAGACGCCCGAACAUCAACGGAUCACCACGGAUUCUGAACAUCGUAGGACCAAGACACCUGAACAUCAUCAGAGGGCCAAGACACCUGAACAUCGACGGACCACCAUGGAUUCUGAACAUCAUAGGACCAAGACACCUGAACAUCAUCGGAGGGCCAAGACACCUGAACAUCGACGGACCACCACGGAUUCUGAACAUCAUCGGAGGGCCAAGACACCUGAACAUCAUCGGAGGGCCAAGACACUUGAACAUCGACGGACCACCACGGAUUCUGAACAUCGUAGGACCAAGACACCUGAACAUCGGAGGGCCAAGACACCUGAACAUCGACGGACCACCACGGAUUCUGAACAUCAUAGGACCAAGACACCUGAACAUCAUCGGAGGGCCAAGACACCUGAACAUCGACGGACCACCGCGGAUUCUGAACAUCAUAGGACCAAGACACCUGAACAUCAUCGGAGGGCCAAGACACCUGAACAUCAUCGGAGGGCCAAGACACCUGAACAUCGACGGACCACCGCGGAUUCUGAACAUCGUAGGACCAAGACACACACCUGAACAUCAUCGGAGGGCCAAAGACACCUGAACAUCAUCGGAGGGCCAAGACACCUGAACAUCGACGGACCACCACGGAUUCUGAACAUCGUAGGGCCAAGACACCUGAACAUUGUCGGCCCACGUGUCCUGAACGCCGGAGGUCCGACACACCUAAACAUUGGAGGCACGAUACCCGGGAACAUUGGAGGCAUGAGACACCUGCACAUGAGAGGACCAAAAUGGGAGUAAAGCAGAGGGCCAAGACACCUGCACAUUAGGCUGGAAAUGGCCAAUGGGUGAACAUCUAAAGCCCAAGACCCACCUGCACAAAGCAGGUGAUGGAUGCAAAUGGUGGAUGAAAAUUUUAAAUAUCCCCUGGAUGAUUAUAUACCAUAUUUUCACUCAGUUUUUCUAUGGAUGUCACUGUAUCAAGAUUUGCGUUGUUUUAGUGAAAUGGUGAAGAGGUGGAGAAAUCUGACUGAUUUUCUUGUUGCUUUUCAUUCACCUUUUAUUAUAUGUUGUAUCUUUCUAUUAUUUAUCAAAACUUAUUAUGUGAUGUACUUGCUACGUGAAA